UGGCAGAUUAAUAGGAAGGAUCUACAUCUAUGCAGAGGGAGACCAUAACUUAGAAAUGAUUAACAUCUUUAGUACCCCCCAAAAAAAAAACUUUAUUUGUCCUAACACCUUUGUACUCAUCAUUGAUGUAUAGAUACGGUCUCUUUAAAAACGCUUUGAUUUGCAUUUAGUAGUAUUGUACUUCACCGAGCCCAAACAAUUGAUAAAACGACAGUGAAGGAGCUUUCAUUGUUAUUUCUUAAUUGCUUUCACGUCUGGUGAAAAAAUCUACAGAAAAUUAUGAUGAUAAAAAGCACCAAUAAAGUACAAAUGGCGAAACUUAGGUAUGAUAAUAUUUUUUCCCAGAGAAGGGAUGUUGAAGAAAAUAUUUAACCUGAUGGAAUUACUUUAGAUGGUAAACUCUACAAGAUCAUUGUCCAGAUUUUAUCGCCUUUCAUCAUUGUUGAUGCUAGUCUAGUGUUCAAUAUCUUCCAAUGCCUCAACUCAUUUCUCUUUUGUCUUUUAUUACUCCCCCCAGUUUAUACUCAACUGUAGUUGUCCCACAUAGCCCAAAAGCCCAAACAGCGAUAAGAAAGAUGAGGAGGACCUUUCACUCCUUUUAUUUAAUUAAAUUUAAACCCUAUUCAACCAAACAGUAAAUUACAAAUUCAUAACAAGGAUCUAUAUUUGCAGAGAGAGACCACAGAUUAAAAGUCUUCUUUAAGCCAUGGUGAGUCUAACUUGUAACAAUUAUAUGGGUCACAUUGAAUGACUUAACAUCUUAAGCUUAAAACUUAUAAAUUAGUUAAUUACCUUGAAGCCUAUGCCAAACAAAAAAAACUUCAAUGUUUCAGUCACAUAAGCUGAUUUAUCUAUAGGCUCUUACCAAAAUUCAUUGCAUAUCAAAAGUUGCAAGAGUUUGUAAUCUUUACUUGAGUCUAAACCAUUCAUGUUAUUGGGGAUUUUCAAAUGCUUUGAUCUGCAUCUUCUACUCUAUCUUGUCCUUCACAGUGUACUCACACAAUUAUUAAAGAAAAACAUGAAAUGGACCCUUCCGUGCAGUUUCAUUACUUUUUUUUUCAAAAAUCAAUCAUAACAGGACAUUAUCAAAAUCUGAUGAUAAACCAAACUCGUGGUGGUCCAGUGGUUGAAUGGUUCACUCUGAAUGCAUUUGUUUGGCGAGCUCAUGUACUAUGAUUCAAUCAUAUUUUGUCACCAUAAACAUUUUUAGUGACAAGAAAUCCUUAGGGUAUCAAUUUUGGGCGAAGAGUAUUGACGAAGACUAAGAGACGAAGACUCACCAAAAGACAAGCGCCAAGAAAAGUACAUAGGAAAGACGCAAGAAACUAUAUGGAGAACUUCUUGCAACUUUUCUUGAAAUUCUUCCCUACAAAAAGCUAAUUUUAACAACACAAAACCUCGACUACUACGAAUAGUCGAUAUCCAGUCAUGGAAGAGUGCCGGUUCGAGACAAGCGAGUUACAGGCAUCGUUCAUGAUGUCGACUCCGUUAUGGUCCGAUUCUUGGAGUUUAUGCAACGCCGCAAAUUCCGCCGGGAGUAUCCAGGUUCAGCACAUUGCCGGAAUCAUGUAUGUCGCUUUACCGGCGAUGGAGAUAAUUCAACUGGGAGAUCUCGUGGGCCUGGAAGUCGCCGGAGAUGGGCUUUUUCCGGCCUUGUCGACAUCAUUAGCCACCGAUGAGCCUCUGCCUAUGGUCGACGCUGCUAUACUUGAACUUUUCAUCCCCUUGCUUCCCCUCAUUCAAUCUCAGAUCACACGAGGAUUGGAAAUGGAAGGAAGAAAACAGAUUGUGUUAACCGGACAUUCAACCGGCGGCGCGUUGGCCGCUCUCACCGCACUUUGGCUUCUCUCCCAACCGUCUCCGCCAUCAUUCCGCCUCCUCUGCAUCACCUUUGGCUCACCUUUACUUGGAAACCAAACUCUAUCUUCCUCAAUCUCUCGAUCUCGUUUAGCCCACAAAUUCUGCCACGUGGUCUCCAUCCAUGACCUCGUUCCCAGGAGAAGCAGUGAACAGUUCUGGCCCUUUGGAACCUAUCUCUUCUGUUCCGACAAUGGAGGUGUCUGCUUGGACAAUGCUGCUUCAGUUCGUGGGAUGUUUCUUAUACUCAACUCGACAGGAACUCCAAACAUUGAGGAACAUCAAAGGUACGGACAUUACGUGUCCACACUCUCUCACCAGUUUCUCGUAUCUAGGAGCUUUCGUGGUGGGAACAUCUCCGACAAUAGCUACCAAGCUGGCGUCGCAUUAGCCCUAGAAUCUCUAGGAUUCUCUAAUGACGACCCAAGUGGUGUAUCAGCAAAAGAAUGCAUAGAAACGUCUACAAGAAUUGGUCGUGCUCCGAUAUUGAGGUCGAGCGAGUUAGCUAUUGAGCUUGGUAAUGUCUUACCAUCGAGACUAGAGAUUCAAUGGUACAAAGAAAGCUGCGACGCGUCGCCAAAGCAGCUAGGUUACUACGAUAACUUCAAACAAUACUCAAAUCAAAGAGAGAUAAGAGUGAACAUGAGUCGAGCAAAGCUAGCUAGGUUUUGGGACAGUGUGCUUGAAAUGGUGGAGAAGAAUGAGUUACCUUUUGAUUUUCAUUUAGGAGUGGGAAGGAAAUGGGUAUACGCAUCACAGUUUUACCGGCUCUUAGCCGAGCCACUAGACAUUGCAUACUUCUACAAGUACAAAUAUUCAAGGGCUGUUGGUCAUUACAUGCAGAGUGGGAAUAGACCCAAAAGGUAUGUAAUGUUUGAUAAGUGGUGGGAAGUAAGUGGAGAGCCUUAUGAAGAGACGCGUGCGAGAACUCAAUAUGCGAGCACUACGCAGGAUACUUGCUUUUGGGCUAAGCUUGAGGAAGUGAAAGAGUGUUUGGAUGAGAUGAGAAGCGAGAGUAGCGGCAAUGCGCAAAGGAGAUCUUCGUUGUGGAAAAAGAUUGUUGCAUUUGAGAACUAUGCGGAUACAUUGGUGAAGAUGAAGGAAGUUUCGGUUGAUGUUUUGGCAAGGAACUCGAGUUACAGUGUGUGGUUGGAGAAUGUAAGAGAGUUCAAGUUUAAAAUGGGUAAUGGCAUUGAGAUGGUGGUUGAUGAGAGUGACGCAAUGGAGACUUGAGUACGUAGUAGGAUUAAUAGAAAAUCUCUAAUUUAUGAUGUGCUAUAUAACAAGCUUUAUCAGUUGUUUUUCUUUAUGCUUGUGUAAGACUUUAUGUUGUAUGUUAUUUAUUAUUUUAAAAUUAUCUUUAUCAUUAGUGCCCAACAAGUUUAUGCAAGAGUUUCUAAA